AUGGCUGCGGAUGAAGACUUGUUGGUGUUCGGAUACGCUUCGCGGAUUUACCCAUUGGACGAGCGUUCUGAGUACAUUGCAGAAGAACGACAUCUGAUUGAUUCUCCGAACGAUCCCUCGCUAAGAAUCGACAGGUGUGUCGUUCUAGGAGCUGUUGCUGUAGCGGUGCCAAGAACAAGAGGUCUGGUGGAUGGCACGCCAGUCGAAUCACAUUGGAAAGGUGGUGAUGUCCUACCAUACGACUGCCGGCUUCUGCUUCCUGUUGGAUAUGAUGUUUAUACAUCAUCUUCGACCGACCAAGAGUCAUGCCCCACUGAGGACUUAGAAGAGGAAAUGUGUGAUGAAGAGCGGUAUCGUGACAUGAGUAAAGAAGAUCAACAAAUUAAAGAAGAAGAAGAAAUGCGCCCGAAGAAGGCCGAAAUAGGUUUCGACUACGGAACAAGUGAUGUCAAACGUAAUGGUGAUGCACCGGACCCAGAGAGUGGAGAUAGCGAUAGUGAAUCGGAACCUUUCGAGCCUCCUCCAGGCAUAAAAUUGCCCUUAGGACUUGUGGUGCCUGAUAAUCAAAAACAAAACCACAUUAUUGAACGAACUGCGUUGUUCGUGGUGACGAAAGGACCCCAAAUGGAAAUAGUAAUAAAAGCAAAACAACGAAACAACACGGAACAGUUUGGCUUUCUGGAGUUCGACAAUAUACUGCACCCCUAUUAUAAAUAUUUGUCGAAACUUAUUCGUGAAAAGAAAUACACUCCAAAUCUAUCAAAACACUCUAAAGAUACCCAGCAAGAUCAGACAUCUCAUGGCUCAGCUCCUGGGACUAAUGGACAGAAAUCAAAUGCUCUCACUGCUCUUGCUGCACAGAGCGAUAGUGAUUCGGAUGAUUCCGAUUGCGAGCUUCAUCCAUCUCUGAUAUCCGGCUAUCAAAAACGAAACCGAAGCCCAGAUCUUAUUGAUGCAGCUGAAAAUGCAGCUGGGCCCAGAAGGCGCCCCUCUUCUCCAUCGCCUCCACCAGUUACUGCACACCGACAUGACUAUGACAUGAACAAAAGUAACGAUAUAUAUGCUUCUUUGUUCAAAAGUCUGAAGCAAGUGUCUACUGAACGAGAAGAAGCAGAAAAACGGCAGAUAGAGCAGCUAGAAAUCAAGAAACAUAUCAUUGCAUCUGCUCCACCGCCUCCAGAUGAGGAAUAUCGUGCAUGGUGGUUAUCAUUUUACGGAACACCUUGUCCUUUCUCUAGUCCACAACCCAUGGUACCGCCACCACCCGAUCUUCAACCGGUUAUCGCUAGUUAUGCUGAAUUUGUCGCUCGUCAUGGAGCUGAGGCAGAAAUGGAGUUAAGAGACCGCGUCGAUCUUCAGCUUCAUUUUAUGCAUCCAAGUAGUCACCAUUUUUCCUAUUAUCAACAUCUCGUUCGUAUGUGUCAGUGGGAGCUCUCACAAAAGAUGUUGGAAGAACCCGCAUCAGUAGAACAGGCCGAAGUCGUAGAACCGGAGGCUGGAACAACCGAUGACCCAGAGAAUCCGUCUACUUCAGACUCUACUGUCGAAACAGCGGUCCCUAUUGGAUCUUCAGAAGGGCAAGCUGAACAAGAUUCUUCUGAAUCACCGGCCCUAUCACUGAAUAGGAAACAGCGAAGACGUCUGCAGGAUGCUUUUCGAGUUCCUGUGGCACAGCCUGUUGGAAUAGUGGAUCCAGUUGCUGUUGCAGCCUUGGCCGACGCAUAUAGUAUGCCGAAGGUGAGCUCUUCACCUGCGUUGUUGACCUCUGUUUCGCAGCCAUGUUUGCUUACCGAAGAAACAACUCUGGGUGAUGCAAGUUCAACAAACAGUGGCAGUAUAACGCUACCACAAAAACCUUUUGCGGCAGUUCCGGUUUCAUUCUCAUUGGUUCCUCUUAAGGAAGAAAAUCCUGCUGUCAUGCCAAGCUUAACCGUUAUCGAUGGACCCGGUAGCCCAGCAUUAGUUGACCCUCGCACGCUUUCUCCCCUUUCUGCUCCUCAAAUGCAGCCAACGACUUCAAAUGUAGGCCUUAUUCAGCCUCCCCCAGUCCCACCAAACAUUCCGAGUAACACACAGUUGGAUCGGAAGGAAAAGGCUCGGAUCUUCAUGGAACGUCUUUUGAAUGAAAAACGAGUUAAAAAGCUCAAAGAGCAAGAGGAAGCGAGAAUAAGGGAACUGGAAGCGCAGAAAGCUGAGAUUGAACGGCAGUUGGCUGAAGAGGAAUCGAAGCGUAAAAAGACAUCGUUGGAAAUGGUGGAUAAGCUGAUUAAUCGCCGCAUUGGAGUUCUUCUGGGAACAGCUGAAGCGAAGAAGGCGGAAGAGAAAGCAAAGGUGAAGUUGCCUGCUCGAUUAAGUGAUGAUGAAGCUGAGAAAGAUCGCGAAGAGUUGCGGAAGAAAAGAAAGAAAGAGAAAUCAAAAAAGCAUAAGUAUAAGAAAUCUCGCAGUCGUUCACAUGACCGAAGUAAGGAUCGAGAACGACGAAGACGGCGGCGCUCAACUGAUGCCAGUAAUAGUGAUAGGGAGUCGUCUAGAAAACGUCGGAAAGAGCGCAGGUGA